AUGCGAUUCCUUAUCCCCCUGUUCCUCGGCGGAUGCGCCAACGCCAGCCAAGUUACUGCAGACAACUCUUUGCCCUCUAGCGCCGCAACAGCACUGGAAGACACAGUAAACGGAGUCAAGACUACACUAAACUUUGCCGGAAAAUACACGAACAGUUGCUUUUCCGUCGCUAAUUCCCUUUGUUUCGGUGGAACACAGCAAAUAGUAUCCGGGAACUCUGUACCAGAAGGUCUUGUAGCAUGGCUAACCUUCGACCACCUCUACUCAGCUGAUCAAAGUGGAAAUGGCAACCACAUGCACAGGACUGCGCGCGCUGGACCAUCCCAUAAUGGACGCGGUGCUAGUGCUGCAUUUGUUAAGGGUGCUAGUAGCACAAUUAAGUCCAGCCCGACGCUAGAGUCGUCAGAUUUCACACUCUCCUUUUGGAUGUACUUAUUGAGCGAUUCAAAUGGCCUUUUCCGCAACAUUGUAUCGAAAGGGGGCGAGUUAUCCCAAACACCAUCAAUCCUUCUGUACCCUGAUAGCCGAAGGCUCUCUGUUCGAGUCUCAACGGACGACAGUCACUCCGAAGGAAUGCCGUCAACCGGGAGCCUUCCACUCAGGAGAUGGACUCACAUUGCUGUGACCGCAUCAGAGAAUAGGCUCAAGCUCUUUUUAAACUUCCUUCGGGGCAGCGUGGUGCCAAACGCUGAGGAGAUUGUCGUUGGUGCAUCUGUCGAGAAUCCCGGCUUUGAGGGUUAUAUUGAUGACUUCCGCUUCUACAACCGGGGGCUUCCUGAUCACGAAAUAUCGGCUAUGACUAUGCCUGCACUGACUGGUGUGCCUGAUCCUGAGUUUGUUUCCCUUGGAUGUGAUUCCUGCGGAUACGAUUUCGCAAUGAACUCGAACAUGUGUGGCGAGCCAGCGGCCCACCUAUGCUCGCUACAAGAGUUGUACCAGGGAGGCAUCCACGUGGCGCGAAUCAAUGGACUGCUAAAUGCCAAAACGAACCUGUGGCACAGCGAUAUGACAGCUGGGGAAAUGGGCUUGAAUGAGCGCCGCAUGGGCCUCUGCUGUGCAUCCAGAGGCUCCUCAAAUGCGUAA